UAUCUCCAAGACUGCAGACACGAGACAAACGGCCCAUCCCCUGUGCUGCUACUCAUACCCGUCGACUGCGGGCUGCGAAACCAUGCGACCCCCUCGUCAACGGAGGUGACGAUACCGAACCGCCCUCGAAUUCAUAUCAUGUCGGUCCCAGCUAGCGACGGACGACGAUCAGUCUCCCCAGGACCCUCGGCUACUUCCUCUCAUACUCUUGCUUCGGGGUAUUCAGGCGCAAAUGGGGACAAUGGAGAAGGGAGCUCGGUGCAGCGGCCCAGCUUUUCCCACAGGCAUAGCGGCGCGAGUCGAAACGAUAUGCCCCACGCUGACAGUCCGGCGAGCACUCUGUCAGUAGAGGCUAUAGGAGAGCGUGACUUUGCGCGACGUAAAGAGCGAAAUCGAAAAUCGGGAGGGUUCCUGCUUGAUUCAGCCUUCGGUAGCAAUACGAAGCCGAACCUUGCAGACAAGAGAGGGAAGCGCGAAUCACGUCACAGUCACACCCAAGGAAAAAAACAUCGCCAUUCUUCUGGGAAAUCGAACGGAGCUGCCGCUGUCAACAGCUCGCCCCUCUCACGUGAAACCGACAAGAUGGAUCGCGGCAAAGCACCUUCGAAUCACAGAGCGCAUUCGCCAAACAUGCAUGUUCGAACCGACGAAGGGGUUCAUGUUGCAAAAAGAAGAAGUGCGCAUAACAUGCUGUCCGUUCCCCCGGAAAGGAGCCCCGAACCGGCCCAUCCAACGCCGUAUACCGCGAUCGAUCCGAACCAGAUUGUACACAUGGCCUUGAAUCUGAGCGAGAGUCGGAGACGCAAUUUGGCAUCGGGCCAACUGAUCAUUCCUCAGUCGCGUGUCCCAUCUAUGCCAAAUAUGGAUGGGAGCUUCCAUAGUCAGGGAACUGGUGGAAGCUUGCGACAGUACCUGGGCGAGCAGCGAAGAGCAUCGAGGAAUAUCUCACCUGGUGGAGGGGUAUCGCCUGGCCGUCACAUGUCUACGUCUGCUCAGCGUAGCGGGAUGCUGUUGAUCCAGGGACGCGUUCCAUCAGAUGCUUUGUUGGCUCGACGAGAUAAGGCUCGUGCCUUCUUUGAGUUGAGGGUAGAGUACUUGCGCUUGCUCUCUCUUCUUCCGCCCCUUAAACCCGAUGCUAGCGAACCGGGCAACUUCGUUGUCGCUGCGAAUAACGUGCCCGGUAGCCCUCAUGUACAUCUGACUCGAGUGCCGUCGUACGCAGGGAAAUUGUACAGUCUGGGUCGUCCAUACAACCCGCUACAGUUCUUACGCAAUCGGAGGCUGCGAGCUCGUGAAAGGAAGCCCCUCGAUCAUUCGCCAGAAGAGUUUGGUGAUGUUGACCAUGUGCGGGACUGGGUGGAUAGAGUGGAAAGAGAAUCUAGUGCUCCUCACUAUCGCCAAACGGACAGGGUGGCUCUGCCUAGCAUCAACGACAAUCCUGAGAGCCAAAAUGCGCCUAGCCAACCUACAAGACCACAAAUGGUUUGGAUGUUCACCUCCGAAGAGCUCUUGGCAGAUGCACAUUGGCUUGAGCGUGACGAAAAUAAGACAUUAAUCGAAGAUCGUCAUGGAAGCAAGAUAUACCCCCCUAAAGUGUCGGAGAAGCAAGAUUUCCUUCAGCCGCGACCAAGCAGAGAGUACUCAGAGAAAAGGAGAAAGAGCUGGGUGGAAGGUGUAGCUGGCACUCCCGCCGACGCAGGAACUGGCGACGAAAGCGAGACAGCCAGUGAGCGUGGUCGCAAGAGACGUAUACUGCCGACUUUCCGCGGAGAGAGCCCGAAGCUCAAAGGCCACAGUCGCAUGAUAUCCAAGGUGAACACAGCCGUUCACACAGACUCUUCCGACUCUGAUUCAGACGCUAAAUGGCGUCGUUCACGCAAACCCCACAUAGUGGUUGACAGCAAUCGAGAUACCGGACCACUCGAGUUGCGAAUGAAAGAGCUCUUGGAAAAGGAGGCGCAGGAGGCGCAAGCAGAGAAGAACACGCCUGUCGUGUUCACGCCUGACACUCCAGACAAAUGGGGAAGAGAACCAAUGGAGCCAAAUCCCCCCACCCGAGAUUCUCUGGAUGUUCCAGGGCGGAUUUAUGAGGCUGCCCGACGAAGCCUUGAUCUUGGAAUGAGACAGCCUCCGAGGAACCGAUCUCGUGGUCGUGAUACAGUAGAUGCGGUCAAGGAGCCCAGGUCUUCUUUCGAGAACAAUACUACGCCCAAUACACCGCUUAUACAGAAGCAUACUCCUCUUGCUCAGGGAAACAAAUCGCCUUCUCUUAGCAGAGCUGGAUCUCUGACGAGUAAAGCUAAGAAGAGCAAACUAGAUGUGUUCCGCUCAGAAGAGAGUAGCAAGCACCACCACGAGCACGACCCAAACCAUGGAUUAGAAACUACUAAAUCUGAAAAGAAGCAAACUUCUCGACAAACUAAUGAGGAUGCGGACGAAACAAAUGGGAUUGGAGCUGCCUUGUGGGCUGCGCCUGGAGCAGUGAAGCAUCUGUUGACCCACCGCAAGAAUGAAAGCGUGAACAGUCUCCAAAGCCCUACCAAGGAACCUCGAAAGGAAACGAAGGACGUCAAGGAGCCACACUCUGCCGUGACCCGUUUUUUCAAAGGCGUGAAACACGAAGGCUCCAAAGUCCAAGAGUUCAUCUUCCGCAAGGAUCGACCGCACGGCGAUUAUGAUACAGACUCCGCAUCGGAAGACAAUACAGCCCCUGAAACAGAUACCGAGGAUGAAGAUGGUCAAUUCGAGUACAAACGCACCUCGACGGCGAAGACUACUGAUAGCUCGUCUUCGAAGAAGAACAAUAACUAUCAUCUUGAAUUGCCCUCUUUCCGACCAUCUCACCAAAACAACAUUGAAGAGGAAACGGAUUAUUCGGAUUCACAUCUGUCCGAUCACCUCACCCGACAGGCGCGGGAGCGCGCAAGCAGCCGCUCGUCUCGUUUCGACCGCCUUGCACCUCCACGCAUGGACCUGAGCAGGAUCUCUUCAAAAGAUUCGCAGCGGUCUGAACAGGAUCGUAUCAACAGAAUACUUGCCCAUCCGGGCGGUGUUGGUCGAGGUGGUCUCCCAGUCACUGCACUGGCCAACAGCAGUGAAAGGCGAACCUCUUCUCGACCGACUCUCGAGGGGAAACGACACUGGAGUAUCACCGAUGAAAACGGAAACGUGCUUCAUCGCAGUAAGCCUGCUACCAUUGUCACGGCUGCGGAAAUCGCUCGCGUUCGCGCACUGUUCCUCUGCUCAGGCGUGAAAGCCAAAGAGAUUGCACGUCAAACAUCAGAAGUGCGAAGCGACCCUCCGGCAUACCUCAAGCGUGCUGCUGAAACUGCAAACUCGCAGCUUUACGCCGUGCCCCGCAAAGAGGAACAUGUCCUGGCGUCACGGCUGCUGCUCAACGACUUUGAGAACUCUACAGCUUCGCUCUACGCAUCCGCCACGACAUUCCGCGACACUACUGUCAAGGAACUCACGUCGCUCAUCUCGACGCUGACAACGCAGAUUGAGUCGGACCUCUUCCCGCGGGUGCGCAAUAGCGGCGACGAAGCCGUCACCAUCACAAGCGAUGUCAACAGCUCUGCUCCUCUCACCGUCAAACAAGUCACGGACGAGAUUGAUCGCAUGCUCCGGAUCCGCCGGCGGCGCAUGCGCUGGGUGCGCAGGGUCGGGUGGACCAUGGUGGAGUGGAUGUUGUUGAGCUUCAUGUGGUGCGCCUGGCUCACCGUCACCGUCUUUGGUGCAUUUGGUAGGGUCUUUGGUUUCAUCUGGAGCAUUGUGAAAUGGCUGCUCUGGAUAUGA